UGAACAGAAAUACAGAGACCUGGGGUUAUCUAUGUCUGACGACGCUGCUUUAACUGAUUGGAUUAGAUAAUCUAGUAAGAAGUGUAAGGAGAAAAGCAAAGGAAAGGUCGAAAGGGGAAAGAAGGAUAAAAUCCAAAAAGAAAGAAGGAUUACUGGAUAGGAGAGUUUGUGUGGGGGCAAAAGGUCGAAGGCCAUUCUUUGAAUAAUGAAAGUGCCGCUAUUUCCGAGGCUUAUACAGUUAAGUGCGGGGGUCAAGUGAGCCCAGGGCAGAUGGACAGAGAGAAGGCUAAUAAUGGCUCUAAACCAAAAGCUAGCGGUCAACAGAGAAGGAACAAAGAGAAGGAUAAUACUUCAACGAUGGCAUUUAGUCCGAAGACUAACAGUGCGCUGCGAAAUUUGGCGACCUGGAAAGAAGCAGUUGCAACUUUUGAUAUAAGUAAAAAGGUAGGCCUAGAAUUUUAGGCAGAGAGAGAGGAGGUUCUUCGAGAGGUUUCCGAAUGGGAGGCAAUUGGUUUAUGAUAUGGUUUAGAGGCAAUGUCCUGGAAACCAAAAUUCAAAGACCGUAUGAGGAGUUGUUUGGAAAACUUUGGUUUAGGGAUAGAGUCAUAGGGAAAGCAGUGAAAGCCAAAGGUAGAGCUGGGGGGAUUAUCAGUAUGUGGCAGGUGAGUUUUUUUCAACUUGAGGAAUCAAUUGAUCAUAAAAAUUUCCUGUUGCUAAUUGGGAUUGUGAAAGGGACUAAUGAAAUAUGUGGGUUUGACAACAUUUACGCUCCUAAUGAUGAAGGGGAAAUGAAUAGGGUGUGAGGAGAGCUUAAAUAGGCUAUGGAAAGGCACGAUGUCAAAUGGGUGCUAGGAGGGGACUUUAAUGUGGUGAGGAAUGAGGUUGAGAGGAUUGGUAGAGGUGAUGUGAGGCGCGCUGCAGCAAGCUUCGAUGAUUCCAUCAAUGAUGUGGAGCUGGUGGAUCUUCCCCUAGUUGGUAGCAAAUUUACAUGGUGUAAUAAUAGAGAGGAACCAACAUUUAGUCGGCUUGAUCGAUUCUUUGUGGCUACUGAUUUGUUGGACAAGGAAAAGGUUUUGGUUCAAAAAUGUUUACCGAUUUUUAUUUCGGACCAUAAUCCGAUCGU